CCGGCGGGGGGCGCCCGCGCUUCUUGCGCCGUUGCGGGAGCGGGGCGGCGGGUCCCCCCCGCGCUUAUAUAAAGCGGAGAGCGUGGCGCCCCGUGCCGGUGUCCAGCUGUACCGCUGCCCGGUUACACCUUCGCCGUCCCGUCAGGUCCGCAGCCGCAGCGAGGAUGAACACGAAUUUCUUCCAUAUAAUCAAAUCGAAAAAAGAACUCAUUCCCCUGGUUGGAGUCGUGUCUUUUGCAGCAGUUGGGGCUGUUGCUUUCUCUGCCUAUUCCCUCUUCAGCAAGUCUGAUGUGAUCAUUAACAAGACUGGCAAUCCAGAGCCAUGGGAAACUGUUGAUCCUACCCGGCCUCAGAAGCUAUUAACAAUCCAUCAGAAAUGGAAACCCAUAGAAGAGUUGGAAAAUGUCAAAAAGCUUACGAAGUGACAAGUUUCUGUUGGCUCUAAAAGGUACUCUAUGAAUCUAGUGGAAUCACUUCUGCACAAACUUGACUACUGAAAUCAGUGUGCGGAAAUGCUUCUGCUAUGUUUUUAGGGUCUCCCUACAUUUUUUGGACUCUGGAUGAGGAGUUUCAUUUUGCCUUAGAAGUUGGCAUACAACAUCCACAUAGUCCAAAAAUCUGUUUCAAAGCUCAUUUUCAGGUUGCAUUUGAUGUCAAAUGUUGAAUAUUCAGAUGGUAAUUAAAUAUGGAAAAAGACUUCACCCUUUUUAUAGAAUUUUAUUUUCUCAAAAUCCAUCAGUUUUGUAAUUUUACAGUGUUUUUUAAUAAAAUUGCUUAACUUUU